AUGGCACCUGUGCAGGUCUUCGCCAUCUUGAGCUCGACCAAGAUCCAUCUCGUCGUCAGUCCUGGCGGCCUCACCCAAGAGCAACUCUGCGCCUUCUCGAUCGUCGCCAAGAAGCACUUCAACACCAAGCCGACUGGACGUCGCAAGGACAUCCUAGACUUCAGCGACACCAAGCUCGACCCACAAGCUGCGACCAAGAUCCUCAAAUGGGUCCACGACAACAACAAGCGGAAGCCAACAUCCAUGACCAUCGCUGAGUUACGUAUCACAGGGUUUGAAGAGGCUGUGCGCAUCCAUCAGGCCACUCACACCCUGGGCAUCGCUCGUGGCCCGCGCGGUGACAGCGUUCGGGACUACAUCAUCGACUACGUCAAGCACCAGGCGCUGACAGCCCCCGAUCUUGCGAUGAUCCUCAACACCCUCUCGUUCGACAUCGGCUUAAUCAAGAAGAUGAAGAACGACCUCGUCUUCAAGCUCGUCAAUAAGGGCACCGAUGCGGUCCCUGAUGCCGACAAGAUUGAGGAAGUCUGUCGCGAGCACGGUGUUUGGGAGGAGAUGGCAAGCAUUAGGAAGGGGAUCGAGCAGAGCAUGGGGGAGAGCAGACGUGAGAGGCGUACAUGUGGGGCGCUCGUCGAGCACUGA